UACAACAUGUGAGGGUGGGCACUUAUUAGGUCCAAACACAUGCAACUAUAAAUACAUCUCCGUUGUGCUUAUGGAUAGACUCAAGAAAAAGCAGAGAAUAUAUCUUUGUAAGUAAAGCAAUAAUGGCGAGUGAUGGUGAAGUGAUAAGCAACAAGCAAGUGUUAUUCAAGAACUUUGUUGAAGGGUUUCCAAAAGAAUCAGACAUGGAGGUGAAAACUAGUUCGAUAUCGUUGAAAGUAGAAGAAGGUUCAAAUGCAAUUGUUGUUAAGAAUCUUUAUUUGUCUUGCGAUCCUUACAUGAGGAACCGCAUGACGCACAGUGAUCAAGAAACUGAUGAUCCUGAGUUCCUUCCCUUCACUCCUGGUUCUCCAUUGGAAGGAUUUGGAGUGGCUAAAGUUCUGGAUUCAGGGCAUCCAAAUUACAAGAAAGGAGACUUAGUUUGGGGAAUGAUAAAAUGGGAAGAAUACAGUCUCAUCAAGAACCCUCAGUUCUUCAAAAUCCAUCAUGCUGAUGUUCCCUUGUCCCACUACACAGGAAUUCUUGGUAUGCCUGGCAUCACAGCUUGGGCUGGCUUCUAUGAAGUUUGCUCUCCCAAGAAGGGAGAAAAAGUAUACAUAUCAGCAGCAUCAGGUGCUGUUGGUCAGCUUGUAGGGCAAUUUGCCAAGUUAAUGGGCUGUUAUGUUGUUGGAAGUGCUGGAAGUAAAGAAAAAGUUGAAUUAUUGAAGAACAAGUUUGGUUUUGAUGAUGCUUUCAAUUAUAAAGAGGAACAUGACUUGGAUGCAGCUUUGAAAAGGUGCUUCCCUGAAGGCAUUGACAUUUACUUUGAGAAUGUGGGUGGGAAAAUGCUUGAUGCAGUGCUUCUAAACAUGAGACUACGAGGGCGAAUCGCCGCUUGUGGAAUGAUCUCACAGUACAAUCUUGGUCAGCCUGAAGGUGUACAUAACUUGUUUAACAUUGUUGUUAAGCGAAUUCGCAUGGAAGGACUGAUGGCCUUCGAUUAUUUUCCCCAAUAUGCCAAGUUUUUGGAUGUCGUGCUGCCCUUUAUCCGGGAAAAGAAGGUUGUUUAUGUCGAAGACAUCGCGGAAGGCCUCGAAAGUGCUCCUGCUGCUCUUGUAGGUUUGUUCAGUGGUCGCAAUGUUGGAAAACAAGUAGUUGCAGUUGCUAAGGAGUGAUUUAAUGAAGCCUUCUUUUGUAAAUCUUGUUGCCACUCUUGUACUGAGUCCUGUUUCUGAUAAUAAGAACAAUAAUAAUAAUAAUAAUCUGUCAACAGCUCUUUGUGGAUUCUUAUCA